GAAAAGGUCAUUUCCCCUUUGUGCUUGAGGGGAGACGUGUUCACUGCACUGAGGGAGAGAGAAAUCCGGUUUCCUCUCUUUGUCGCCCCUUCCUCCUCCCUCUCUCACUUUUCCCAUCGCCUCCGGAUGGAAUCCACCCUCUUCCUUGCUCGAUCGGCCUUUCCGGUCACUGCCGCUGCCGGCGGCAAGGACGCGCGGUUCCGCUUUGCGGCCACCGGGCUGCCGCGGACGGCAUCGGCGUCAGUAGUGAUCGUGGCAGCGCUGGAGAAGGGCGCCGGUGCGUCGGGCAAUGGCGCCAAGAAAACCGGCGGGGCCGGCGGCGGAGGCAGGGUUCCCAAUUCCAAUUAUGUGGUGCCACUCGACCUGACGCCGUCAUUCUGUCGCCCUCUAAAGGAGAUCCUCCGGGACCUCAACAAGAGAGUGCCCGACAACAUCAUCGACCCUGCUGACAACUCCAUCCCUUGGUAUCAUGCAAAUAGAAUGCUGAGUUUCUAUGCCCCAGGCUGGUGUGGAGAAGUACGUGAUAUAAUAUUCUCGGACAAUGGGAAUGUGACUGUGGUAUAUCGUGUUACCAUACGAGGAUUGGAUGGCGAGGCGCAUCGGGAGUCUGCUGGAACCGUGUCUCUGAACGAUGGCCGGUUUAAGGAUCCGAUUGCUGCAGCCGAAGAACUAGCCUUCUGCAAAGCCUGUGCUCGGUUUGGUUUUGGCUUGCAUCUAUACCACGAGGAUGAGACACCGUAAAAUGUGAUAGUGCUGCAAAGCCUAAGUUCAGUUUGGUUUUUGGCUUGUAUCUUUUACGAAGAUGAUGAUGAGACACUGUAGAAUAUGAUAGUGUGGACGGACAUGAUUUCUUUGCAGAAAAUAUGUUACGCAAUCUUGUACUAGGUCAUACGGUGGGUCGAAUAUGAUAGAAUAUGAUAUGUGGGUCGAACCACCCUUCCGAUGUUGUGCCAAGUUGUUACUCUGACAUGAAAUCUAUAUCUUGCUCAGGAUGUAAAUAUCAAUGUUUCCUGGUGCUCAA